CUGAGAGAGAAAAUGUCCAACCGAACGACUGUAACUGAGUUCCUUCUUCUGGGAUUCUCUGACAUCUGGGAGCUGCAGAUUUUGCACUUUGUUCUAUUUCUAUUGGUUUACCUGGCAGCACUGGUUGGUAAUCUUCUCAUCAUCAUGGUUGUAGCCUUUGACCACCACCUUCACACCCCCAUGUACUUCUUCCUGAUGAAUUUGUCCAUCCUAGACCUCGGCUCCAUCUCUGUCACUGUCCCCAAAUCCAUGGCUAAUUCUCUAAGCAACACUAGGUUGAUUUCCUAUUCUGGAUGCAUUGUCCAAGUCUUUCUCUUCAUGUUCCUUCUUUCAUCAGAUCUUGCCUUACUGACCAUCAUGGCGUACGACCGAUACAUCGCCAUCUGCCAACCUCUGCACUAUGAGAGAGUGAUGAACAGGAGAGCUUGUGUCCAAAUGGCUGCAAGUGCCUGGAUGAGUGGUCUUAUCUACUCCGCACUACACACUGGGAACACAUUUGCGCUAAACUUUUGUGGAGACAACGUGGUGGACCAGUUCUUUUGUGAAAUCCCUCAGCUACUCAAGCUCAUCUGCUCUGACUCAUACCUCAGUGAAUUUGGGGUUAUUGCAUUUGGUGCAUGUUUAGCCGUAGGUUGCUUUGUUUUCGUAAUUGUGUCAUAUGUUCAGAUCUUCAAAACAGUGCUGAGAAUGCCCUCUGAGCAGGGCCAACAUAAAGCCUUCUCCACCUGCCUUCCUCAUCUCAUUGUCAUUUCCAUGUUUCUUUCUGUUUCCUCCUUUGCCUAUCUGAAACCCACCUCCAGCUCAACAGCAGGGCUGGAUAUCUUGGCGGCUGUUCUCUAUUCCAUGGUGCCUCCAGUGAUGAAUCCGAUUAUCUAUAGCAUGAGGAAUAAGAAGAUCAAAGAUGCAGUUAGAAAGCUGACUGGGUGGAGGUUAUUCACCAAGAAUAAGAGUACUGUCUGUCUCCCUUGA